GAAAGAAUGAGAAGGAAGAGUGGAAGAGAAGUGAUGGAGUUAGUUGAAAGGUUUCCUAAAAAUGGGAAUGAAGAACGAUUCUUUGGAGUCUUUUAAUUCAUUCAUUUCCUCUAAAUCUAACCUAUAAAAAUCCUCUUUUUCACUUUCUUCUCUCAACUUCCUCCUCUCAUUCUAUCGCUUAAAAUAAUUCCUUAGAGGCCUUAUCUUCAAUUCUCAGCUGUUUAUAAUAAUGGAUACCUUCCUCUUCACUUCUGAAUCUGUCAAUGAGGGCCAUCCCGACAAGCUUUGCGACCAAGUUUCCGAUGCUAUCCUCGACGCCUGUCUUGAACAAGAUCCGGAGAGCAAGGUUGCUUGUGAGACCUGCUCCAAAACCAAUAUGGUUAUGGUGUUUGGUGAGAUCACAACCAAGGCUAAUGUCAACUAUGAAAAAAUAGUUAGAGAUACUUGCAGAGGAAUUGGAUUUGUGUCCGCCGAUGUGGGUCUUGAUGCCGACAACUGCAAGGUCCUUGUGAAUAUUGAACAACAAAGCCCUGACAUUGCCCAAGGAGUCCAUGGACACAUGACCAAGAAACCUGAGGAGAUUGGAGCUGGUGAUCAAGGCCAUAUGUUUGGCUAUGCCACAGAUGAAACCCCAGAGCUCAUGCCACUCACCCAUGUCCUUGCUACAAAACUUGGUGCUAAGCUCACUGAGGUCAGGAAGAACAAAACCUGCCCGUGGCUUCGACCGGACGGUAAGACGCAAGUGACCGUCGAGUACAAGAAUGACAAUGGAGCAAUGGUCCCUGUCAGGGUCCAUACGGUUCUAAUCUCAACCCAACAUGACGAAACCGUAACAAACGAACAGAUUGCAGCAGAUCUGAAAGAGCAUGUCAUAAAACCUGUCAUACCAGCAAAGUAUCUGGAUGACAAAACAAUCUUCCAUCUCAACCCAUCCGGUCGUUUCGUCAUUGGAGGACCUCAUGGUGAUGCCGGAUUGACAGGAAGGAAGAUUAUCAUUGAUACCUAUGGAGGGUGGGGUGCUCAUGGUGGUGGUGCAUUCUCAGGGAAGGAUCCAACAAAGGUAGAUAGAAGUGGUGCCUAUAUUGUUAGGCAAGCAGCAAAAAGUAUCGUUGCUUCGGGACUUGCUCGUCGCUGCAUCGUGCAAGUUUCUUAUGCAAUAGGAGUAGCAGAACCAUUGUCGGUGUUUGUAGACACCUACAAAACAGGAAAAAUCCCAGAUAAAGAUAUCCUUGCUCUAAUUAAGGAGAAUUUUGAUUUUAGGCCUGGAAUGAUUGCAAUCAAUCUUGACUUGAAGAGAGGAGGAAACUUUAGAUACCAAAAGACGGCUGCUUAUGGUCAUUUCGGCCGUGACGACACAGAUUUCACUUGGGAAACUGUAAAGCUUCUCAAACCAAAUGCCUAAAUUGGAUCUCAAAUCAAAUUAUAAUAUCUGCAAGUGAUCAUCACAACCAUCAGAUGAUCAGUGUGCUUGCAGGAAAAAUAAGAAAAAAAAAAAGCUUUUGUUUGUUUUUUUUUUUUUUUUUUUUUCUUUUCUUUUGAUGUUUAUUGUAAACUCAAGUGAGAAGCGUGGUUGAGAUUUGCCAGCUCUCUGAUUAGCUGAGGCAGCCCUGUCCUGAGUUUGUACAACUUUGAACUCUUCUAUGUUCUUUAUUCUUUUCAUUACGCAAUUUCAAUUAAAAUUUUACCUUUAA